CCGACGGUACCGGGGGUGCCGGGGCCGGGCUGCGCUCGGCACAGGGCCAGGGCCACGGUUCUGUGCCCGUCGGCAACCGGGAGGGGAUUUGGGGAGGUUUGGUAGGGUUUGGUGGGAGAUAGGAGGAACCGGGUGAAGCACGAGCACCGUGGCGUUGUGCUCACGGGGCUGUGGGUGACUGGGGUACGAGGUGUGGGGUGAACCCCCCGACAGCUGGCAUUGCACCGGUGUGGGUCUGCGUGGGGAGAGGCGAAGCGUUAACGCCGGCAGCGCGCACGCACGGCAGCGAGGCCGAGGCCGGUCGCGCCUCUCGCCGUCCCGUUGUUUGCCUUGGCUCUGUGACGGGAGUUAUAAAUAAAAAUGUCUCACCCCGGGUGCGUGACUCACGGCCCUCCCUGCAAGGGUAACCUCGGCUAGGAAACCUGAGCCGGGGACCGAGCCGCAGAGAGAAGCGAAUGCACCACUGGAUUCACGUAUUUUCACAUAUUUAUCCCAAAUGUUGACCGGGCGAGCCCCCUGUCCCACCGGGGUUAGGGUGGGCUGCUGGGGACAGCGGUGCCUGUGCCCCUCCGCACCCUGUCCCCUGCUGGCUGCCAGCAGCCCGGGGGUUUCCCUCCGAUGGGAGCAGCUGACGUGGCCCAGGGUGGCUCUGGACAGCCGUGCCCCGGCGUUGCCUCCUGCUGCACUCCGGGAUGCAGGCAGUGGGAUGCAGGGAGCAGGAUUCUGGCCCCACAGGAUGGUCCCGGGGUGAGGGCUGCAGCCCUGCUGCCCUCCUUCUGUCCCCAUCCCCUGCCCAUGGCACCCCUGUGCCGGUGACUCCAGCACGGCUUUGGGAGCUGGGCUGGCACUCGUCCCCGCUGCGCUGUGCUCGGCGCCGUCUGGCGCCACGGGGCCGAGGGGAUGGGUUGUGGCUGCUGGUGUCACCUCAUCCUGCUGAUGCAAGUGGAAUGUGGGGACCGGGAUGUGCCGGAGGAGGCGUCGCCCCUUGCUGUGCCAGCUCCACACACCGAGAGGCUCUGCCUGCCUCCGCCAUCCCAGCUGGGGCCACAGUGCCUCUCCUGGGGGCACCCGUGCCCUGGCUGUGCCACUCCAUGUCCCUUGGCCGCACUCUGCCAGGGCAUCGUGCCCACGAUGCCCAGGUACCGCGUCCUCCUGCUGUGCUGGCGCCGUGGGGAGAGGGGAUGCUCGGUGCCCCCCGGUUUAUCCUGGGGGUAGGGAGCAGGGGGAGGUGACGGCUGGGUGACAGCUGGCUGGGGGAUUUGCCGAGGGCAUUAUUUAAUGCUGUGGGUAAAUGGAGAAACAGCAGCUAAUUCUGGAGCCCGUAAUCCUCUUCCUCCCCCAGGGAUGGGGAGCGUGCCAGUCACGCAGAUGCUGGUGGCCCCGAGGACAAGCCCCCGGAAUCCCCCAAGGCGUGCCGCGGGCUGCAGCCGCUCCCAGACCAUGGGUGAGGUGCAGAAGCGACCCGGCACCCCGCAGGGCUCCCCCAGCCGCCCGCGCCCCCAGGGGCUGCUCUCCGUCAUCCAGAGGCUGCGGGGCUCCCCGGGGCAGGAGCUCCGCAUCGUCCUGCUGGGGCUGGACAACGCGGGCAAGACCACGCUGCUGAAACGCCUGGCGUCCGAGGAGGUCACCACCAUCACCCCCACCCAGGGGUUCAACAUCAAGAGCGUCCAUUCGCACGGCUUCAAGCUGAACGUCUGGGACAUCGGGGGGCAGCGCUCCGUCCGCCCCUACUGGAGGAAGUACCUGGGCAGCACCGACCUGCUGAUUUAUGUCAUUGACAGCGCAGACCAGAAGCGCUUUGAGGAGACAGGACAGGAGCUGGCCGAGCUCACCGAGGACGAGUCUCUCACGGGGGUCCCGCUGCUGGUGUUUGCCAACAAGCAGGACCUGGUGACGGCAGCACCUGCGGCCGAAAUCGCGGAAGGCCUGAGCCUCCACACCUACCGGGACCGGGAAUGGCAGAUCCAGGCCUGCUCAGCCCUGUCCGGGGAAGGAGUGCAGGUAGAGAGGCGAGGGCUCUGCGGGGUGGGAGAAGACCUAAGGGCCUGCCGUGCUCUGAGGCUGUGCUCACGUCUCUCUUCCUUCCAGGAUGGGAUGAACUGGAUUUCCAGCCAGAUCAUGAACAGGAAGAAGUGAGAGCUGUGAAGUGCCAGACUGGACUGAGCCGCGGGUCCCUAAGCCAUGGCCAACCGCCCUGGUCCCCACACUCCUCCCAAAGGCUUGACUGGGCCCUGAGCCUCAAACUCUUGCUCAGAUGGGUUUUCCACCUAGUCUUUCACUGCUCGUCUGCCCACAUCACUCUGCGCACCCCAGAUAAAGAUGCAGCCGAACGGUGUGAACCCCUCCGUUCCUGCAGGAUGUGGCUGCUGCCUCCCCAGCCAGGGCGGCCAGGCAUUGGGACGGAUUGCCCGGGGAGGUGGUGGUGUCACCGUCCCUGGGGGCGUUCACGGAGAGGUUGGACGUGGUGCUUGGGGACAGGGUUUGGUGACAGUGGUGGUAUGGGGGUGGUUGGACCAGACGACCUUGGAGGGCUUUUCCAACCCUAAUGGUUCUGGGAUUCUAUGAGAAUGAUUCUGGGAUUCUAUGAGACAAGCUGUGGAGCUUAACGGCCGUGGGUGGCUCUCAGUAAAGCCCAUGAUGCCCGCACCACCUCAGCCAUCCCUUCCUAUGCCGGGGAGCCCCACCCCGGGCCCCCAAAGCCCGCCGCCAUCUUGUGAGGCGUUGCCAUGGCAACAGGGCUGCCGGGCGGGGAGGAGGAGGCACCACCACGGGCCGCGCACGUGACCGGCACGAGGCGUACCGGA